UUCGAGCUCUCUCUUUUUUGUUAUUUUAAGGCAUUUGUGUAGAAAGAUGAUAUACACAGGAGACGACGGAAUUUCUUGCAGAGUGGUUUUAUUAGACGACGAAGAAGCAGCAGAACAAGAGAAGACGGCGACCUCUUCCGAUGGAAAAUUCUUAAUCAAGGCAGUACCGGCAUCAAUGCUUAAAGAAGACGAUCAAAAGCAGCCGCCUGAUUCAACAUUAACAAUACGUCACGACUUAAUAUUUGAACGUGAAACGUUCGGGUGUAUUAUACGGGGAAUUCUUGUUGAUUUGGAUCUUCCAGCUCAAGAACUGUUGAUAGGUCAUAUAUUUUGCCAAGUUGCUAAAAAAAUUGAGACUCAAAGUUUUGGUUUGAAUAAGAAGGUUUUGUACUUUCUGGUGCAUGUUGAACAGGAGAGCGAGAGUGAGAGCGAGAGCGAGAGUGAUGAUGAUUACUACGAGGAGCUGGAGCCGGCGAAAGAGUCGGUAAUUGAUGCACUGGGGAAGUUGAAAAUAGAAUCAGGUAAUGGUAAUGGUAGAUGUACAAUUUGCUUGGAAGAGCUUGUGAUUGGUGUCGAAGCAACUCAAAUGGCUUGUUCACAUCUUUAUCAUAAUGACUGUAUUCGUUCAUGGCUCCAGAUUAAUGGAGUUUGUCCCUUGUGUAGGGAUCACAUAGCUUAGUCUCUAUCAAAUUCUCUAAUUUGUUCUCCGGAUUAUUGUCUUACAUUAUUCUCUGCAAACUGC